AAGAACGUUCUUUAGCAAGACCUGCAACUACUCGCUGGGGUACACAUCACAAAACAUUGUUGAGGCUGGAAGAAUUGUUUUCUACUACCAUUAAAGUUCUUGAGUAUAUCCAAGAUGAGGGUUGGGAAGACUUACAGAAACGCCAAGCAUGUGGUCUUCUCAAAUACUUUCACACAUUUGAUUGUGUGUUCUAUUUGCAUCUUAUGUUACUUAUUAUGGGGCUCACUGCGAACUUGUCAUUGACUUUGCAACAGAAAGAUCAGGAUAUUUUGAAUGCUAUGUCACUGGUAGGAUCCAUUAAACGAAAGUUGCAGAAGCUUAGAGAUGAUGGUUGGGAUUCGCUUAUGGCUAAAGUUGCUUCUUUUUGUAAGAAACAUAAUGUUGAGAUGCUCAUCAUGGAAGAAGAGUUUGUUGAUCUUAGGUACCCAAGAAGGAGAACCAAUAUAAGCAAUAUGCAUCAUGAUAAGGUCAACUGUUUUUGCACGGUUCUAGAUUUGCAGAUUCAAGAGUUCAACGAUCGUUUUACAGAGGUAACCACUGAUCUGCUUAUUUGUAUGGCUACUUUAAGCCCGGUGGAUUCAUUCCAUGGGUUUGAUAAAGAGAAGCUGGUGCGAUUAGAUAAGUUAUAUCCAGAUGAUUUUAGCUAUGGUGAGCUUUUAUCUCUAGAGCAACAACUUGAUAUCUACAUCGACAAUAUAUGCAGAGACGAAAGGUUUAAGAGUGUAGAAAAUCUUGGAGAUUUUUCAUGUUUGAUGGUGAAAACUCAAAAGCAUCUAGCACAUCCUUUAGUUUACAAACUUUUAAAGUUAGUUUUAACUUUGCCAGUUGCCACCGCAAGUGUUGAAAGAUGUUUUUCAGCAAUGAAACUAGUGAAGACAGUUGCACGUAACCGAAUUGGAGAUCAGUUUCUAAGUGACUGUAUGGUUUACUUUAUUGAGAAAAAAUUAUUUGACUCAGAUUCAAAUGAGAAAGUGAUUAAGAAAUUUCAAAUGAUGAAUGAGCGUAUAGUUAUUUUGUAAGAGUUGUUUUUCUAUUUUCUUGAUUUUUAUAAGAUAUUACUAUUUAAUUUUAUUUAGUUGUAUUUCAUUUUUUUUUUUUGCCCCUACUAUAUUUAUUUUCUAGAUCCGUCACUGCCGGAAACGUUUUUCUUUUAAAGUAGUUUCUAGAUAGAAGAUGGAGCAAAUAGAGAUCUAGAGAGAGAAUUGUUUUUUGAAAAUUAAAAAAAAAAAAUUAAGUACGUUACGAGUAUUAAAAGGUGUUAAUCUUGAUGUGAAAUGAAUAAGAAAUCUUUGAGUUUUGAAAAUGAUAUAAAUAUGUGCUAUGUUUCAUAACGAUCAACAACAUAUGUUGACAUUUUGUUAAUGUGCUUUCCGAUUUAUUUUUCUUCGGUCAGCUAAAUGCUUUUCUGGUUAACCGAAACAUGACUUUAUGAAAUUAUGAGUUUAUAUACGUAUAUACUUUUUUUUUCUUUGAUCAACAUAUAGGCAUAUACUAUAGUCACUUUAUGGUGGACCCAGGUUUGCUAAGGUAUAUUCGUUCUUUCCUCGCUCAUCAUCUUUUGAUUCUUUUGGACACACAAAAGUUUGUUUGUUCUUCUUUUUGAUUAUACAUUUUGGGUUUGAUUGGGCUUUCUAAAGCUUUCAAUGAAUUUUUCUUGUCAAAGUGUAAAAGAUGUUUUGUGAUUUUUUUAAUUUUAUUAUUAGAAUAGAAUUUGAUAUGCGCUUGUAAAACACUAAAUUAUUUGUUGGUUUAUAAAUUAUAUUAGUUAAUAAUUAUUAUAUUUUUAUUUUUAUAAUACUAUUGAGUAGUCAUUUUUCUAUACGUCGUUCUAACGUUAAUUUUAAAAUUAUCAAUUACAAUAAUAUUGUUAAUAAAUAAAAUAUUUACUAAUUGCCAUUAUUACUAUUUUUUAUUUUUAUUUCUUUUUCUUAAUAACAUGUUAUAAAUUAUACUAAAAUCAAAAAGGAAUUUGGUAUCAAAAGGUAAUAUAUUUUAAAUAAAAAUAUAUAGCAAGUUUUUUAUAUUUAAAAUAUGUUAUUUGUUAGGGUAAACUAAUGCAUUUUCUUCGUGAUAUUAUAGAAUCAUGAAUUAAAACAACGAGAGAGAUCAAGCAUAGUGGGAGUAAUUUGUUGGACUGUAACUGUCAAAAAUUUACCGUAUAAUUUGUGUUGUAAAUGUAUUGAAUGUAGCCGUACAUGUAGGGUAUGACUGGUUUCUCCGCUACCAGCCGCAAACGUAGCUUUGCGGUUGGUUGCGGCUAUUGGCGUUUUACAACAAUCACUCAAACCACUCUAAACUGUUUCAAACCAAUUUAAACUUCAUAAAUUCAAAAGUUGGUUCCAACUAGCGUUUGCGGCUGCGGGAGAUUGCGGGAGGAUAAAUUUUUUUUUUUAAUAAACAAUAUAUGUACAAAAAUAAAAAUAUUCAAUAAAUUUUUUUAAUUGGAAUUAUAAAAAU